GUGGAGCUGGCAGCCGGAAGCUGUGAUCAGCUGAUGGAGGAGGAGCCGCAGGAGAGGUGAGCCAUCUUCCCCCGGCAGAUUGAUUCACUUCGGGAGAGCCUGGCCAAGAAGAAUAGAGGAUUAAUCUGAGGAGCCCGGUGUCAUUUGGAGGCAGCGACGACUGGAAGACGACAAGGCAACUGGUGAAAGCCUGAAAGGAAGAGGUCCGGAGGACUCAUGAGAAUGUUUCCACCAAUGCUGACGAAGGAAUAUACCAGCUUUUAACGUCAGACACAAGAGUCCAAUACAAAGAACGGACAACAUUGAGCUGGGAGCGGGGAUUAAUAUCGGAAUCAGAUCCGAAUAUAGCCUUAAAUAAAUUCCAGAAGGUAGGUGAUUUAGAUACACACGGAGUCCUUGCAGUAUGAGAGGUGUUGAGCGUCACCAGUACAUGUAAACAAACAGCUAUACAAGCUAGCUGAAGUUAGCCGAUUGAGGGGUUAGCUUUCUACAGCUAGCGUCAGGUAGUAGGACAAAAGCAAACUUAGGACAAUCCGAACCGAACCACCCUGGUUUAGGACAGAAACCAAUAUUUUGUCUCAAUGGAUUGUUAUUAGUGGAUGACAGCAUUUUCUAUAAUGUCAGUAUGUUGUUAUUAGCACAAUUAGCAUGUAGGCUAACGUCGGCUAAAUGGUAUUUGCGCUAGCAGUGUAGUAUAAUAUCAUUAUAACUGGCACAGCAAAUGUGCAAACAAAGAAGACAUCUGGUAUUUUUUGGUGCUACGUGUGCUUUUCACCUCGUUCAUUACAUCCAACUGAGACAGCGAUAAAACACUUGUAGAACUGGUGUAAUGCUACUAUAGAUCAUCUGUAGAUCCCAGCGUCGUCCAGCUGAUUGGCUGAAAACAGGAGGACGUCGGGAUGAAGGAAAACAACUUCAUGACUUCUUAAAGAUCCGAUCGCGUCCUUUCCCCGAGUCCGCGUGCAUGCACUGCUCGGUGCUGUGUUCAUGAUCGUAGCCUCACUUCACGAGAGGGACAUUUCGUUUUAUUCGCGGUCUGUGUAACAGUGACGGUCUUAGCUCGUGUGUCCUCUCAGCGUUAGCAGUCAAACUGAGAGGAGGGUCUGCAAAGAGAGUCACAGCUCAGCCCGGCAGCAUGGAGGGGGUAGUUACAUCGAUCUAUUAGUUUAAUUUGAAUAUAGAACAACAUCUAAAACAUUCGAAAAGUGGCGUGUGGACACUCAGUAAUCGCAGCGUAGGUGUUCGGCUCUUCCGUUGGACUAUUUAAAGAAGUCCAGUCCUUGUCAGAGUUUGGAUCAUAUAGCCUGUGGGCCCAGGGGGAAGCCUCUUCUCAGCUGUGUUUUGGUUGCCUCUGUCCUCCCCUCCCCCAGUCUUGAGACUCUCGAUUCUCUCCGGCUGUCGGACGCUGUUCUCAGGGUUUACACUUGAGUUUUAGACUGAAGAAAAGCACUGGUCUCAAGUCGCAGUCCUCUGGACUCCGGAGCAGUUAAACAUUGGAUGUAAUGGAACUGAUGUUCGCCGAGUGGGAGGACGGGGAGAGGUUCUCCUUCGAAGACUCGGACCGGUUCGAAGAAGACUCUCUGUGCUCCUUCAUCUCAGAGGCCGAGAGCCUGUGUCAGAACUGGAGAGGAUGGAGGAAGCAGUCUGCUGGACCCAACUCCCCUACUGUCAAAAUUAAAGAUGGUCAGGUGAUUCCACUGGUAGAGCUGUCAGCAAAGCAGGUAGCAUUCCACAUCCCGUUUGAGGUGGUGGAGAAGGUCUACCCCCCUGUCCCAGAACAGCUCCAGCUUCGCAUUGCCUACUGGAGCUUCCCUGAAAAUGAGGAAGACAUCAGGUUAUAUUCCUGUCUGGCUAAUGGGAGUCCAGAUGAAUUCCAACGUGGAGAGCAACUCUACAGGAUCAGAGCAGUCAAAGACCCCCUGCAGAUCGGCUUCCAUCUCAGUGCUACAGUAGUUUCCAGUCAGGCCGGUCAGUCUAAGGGAGCAUACAAUGUGGCAGUCAUGUUUGAUCGCUGCCGCAUCACUUCCUGUAGCUGCACCUGCGGCGCGGGGGCCAAAUGGUGUGCCCAUGUGGUGGCACUGUGCCUGUUCCGGAUCCAUAAUGCAUCAGCAGUUUGUCUGAGGGCUCCAGUCUCUGAGUCUCUGUCAAGGCUGCAGAGGGACCAGCUGCAAAAGUUUGCCCAGUACCUCAUCAGUGAGCUGCCUCAGCAGAUCCUGCCCACAGCCCAACGGCUACUUGAUGAGUUGCUCUCUUCUCAGUCUACUGCCAUCAACACAGUGUGUGGAGCUCCAGACCCGACAGCAGGACCCUCAGCUUCUGACCAGAGCACAUGGUAUUUGGAUGAGUCAACUCUCAGUGACAACAUCAAAAAGACUCUGCACAAGUUCUGUGGGCCUUCACCUGUUGUCUUCAGUGAUGUAAACUCCAUGUAUUUGUCCUCCACGGAGCCGCCAGCUGCUGCUGAGUGGGCAUGUCUGCUGCGACCUCUGAGGGGCAGAGAGCCAGAAGGCAUUUGGAACCUUUUAUCCAUUGUCAGGGAGAUGUUCAAGAGACGAGACAGCAAUGCAGCUCCACUGCUGGAGAUUCUCACUGAGCAGUGCCUCACUUACGAACAGAUCAUCAGCUGGUGGUACAGUGUUCGAACAUCAGCGUCCCACAGCAGUGCCAGUGGUCACACUGGGCGCAGCAAUGGCCAGUCAGAGGUGGCAGCUCAUGCCUGUGCCAGCAUGUGUGAUGAGAUGGUGGUGCUCUGGAGGCUCGCUGUGCUUGACCCAACGAUGAGCCCUUGCAGGCGUCUGGAACUGGCAGGCCAGCUUAAGCAGUGGCAUCUAAAGGUUAUUGAAAUUGUGAAGCGGGGGCAACAUCGCAAGUCCCUGGAUAAACUGUUCCAAGGCUUCAAGUCUGCUGUAGAGUCCUGCUACUUUAACUGGGAAGUGGCCUACCCACUGGAUGGAAUAACCUACUGCAGUGCAGAUAAGAAGAGCGCCACAUUUUGCUGGUCUAGGGCAGUGCAGCACCAGAGAGGAGUCAAAGCUGCCGCAGGAGGGGUUGGAGAACCUCCUGAACCAGGGGGAGGGGGCAGAGCUGACGGUGGAGCUUUGGGAGAUUAUAAGGGAAGAGGGGGUGGUCACUUGUCUCAACAAGAAUUGGCAGUUCGACCCAAAGAGACCAUUCUAACCAAGAGGAAGGGUCUGUCAGUGAGUGGAGGGGGAGGGAUGCUGGUCCGUUUGGGAGGGAGUGUUUCUCUUUCCCUGGAAGACGGAGGUGGAAAGUGCAUGUACAAAGGUCCAGGCUCCUCCUCCUCUGGAGGGAAGCUGAAACUGACACAGGGAGGUGGAAAGGGGGCAUCAGUAGGAGGACCUGGAGGAAGUGGAGGGUUAGGAGGGGGAAAGCAUGCCAGUGCCAAGCGGAGAACCAGCAGUGAGGACAGCUCCCUGGAGCCAGACUUGGCUGAGCUCAGCCUGGAUGAUGGCUGUAGUCUGGCUCUGGGGGCUGAGGCCAGCAACACUUUUGAGUUUCUCCCCCCAGCACCAGAAAUGCUGCCGUCUCCAAGCCCACUGCUCAGAGACUCACGCAUUUACAGCAGCACCAACGGAGGAAACAAGAUGUUUGAAACAAAACGUGUUGGCCUUAACUCUGCGGCACUUCCUGUUGCAGAGACAGCUCCACCCUGCUUCCCUUCCAAAGAGACAGUGGUAGUUGUUAUGGACACGCCCAGUGCUGCAGAAAAGGAAUCAGAGCUAAAGGAGGAAUCUGUCCAGAACAGAGAUGAAGAUGUAGACUCAGCGGGCAGUAAUCAACCCUCUACCUCCACCACUACAACGAAAUCAGGCACAACUCAAACAUCAGCCAAGGCCCAGCGGGACCACAGAGAUGCAGUGUCUGUUGGAGCAGCAGCAGCAGGAGCAGGGAGCGGGACAGCAGCUGCAGGUGGACCAGCUAACCAAGGAGCAGAGGUACCAGGUGCAGCUGCUGGAGGAGAACCUGUGGGUGAGGAUGACUAUCAGGCAUACUAUCUGAGUGCUGCCUCAGAAGAGGGAGCAGACAGACAGCUGACUGACAACCAUCAGGAGGAGGAGCCAGACAUCUUUGCAGGAAUCAAACCGCUGGAGCAGGAGGGACGCAUGGAGGUGCUGUUUGCAUGUGCCGAGGCCCUAUAUGCUCAUGGUUACAGUAAUGAGGCCUGCCGGCUGGCUGUGGAGCUGGCCAGAGACCUGUUAGCCAACCCUCCAGACCUGAAAGUGGAGCAGCCACAGACUAAGGGUAAGAAGAGCAAGGUGUCGACCAGCCGUCAGACGCAGAUAGCCACCAACACACUGUCGAAAACUUCCUUCCUCCUCACUGUUCUCAGUGAACGACUGGAGCUCCACAACCUGGCCUUCAGCACCGGCAUGUUCUCCCUGGAGCUCCAGAGACCACCGGCUUCUACCAAAGCUCUGGAGGUGAAGCUGGCAUACCAGGAGUCGGAGGUGGUGGCUCUAUUGAAGAAGAUUCCUCUGGGCCUGGUGGAGAUGUCGGUGAUCAGAGAGAGAGCAGAGCAGCUCAGAGACGGAAACUUCUGUGAUUACAGACCUGUGCUGCCUCUCAUGUUGGCCAGCUUCAUCUUUGAUGUACUGUGUACCCCAGUUUGUGCAGUCGUGUCCCCAACAGGUUCCCGUCCACCUAGUCGCAACCGUAACAAUGAGAUGCCAGGUGAUGAGGAGCUGGGCUUUGAGGCUGCUGUUGCUGCACUUGGUAUGAAGACCACAGUCAGUGAGGCAGAGCAUCCUCUAUUAUGUGAAGGAACUAGACGAGUGAAAGGUGACUUGGCUCUGGCUCUCAUGAUCACUUACAAGGAUGACCAGAGCAAGCUUAAGAAGAUACUGGAUAAGUUGUUGGACAGGGAGAGUCAGACCCACAAGCCUCAGACUUUAAGCUCAUUCUACUCCAGCAAACCAGCAGCUGGUAGCCAGCGCAGCCCAUCCAAACACACUGCUUCUGGCCACAGUGGAGUGAGCGGAGCCACAGGGGGUGCAUCUAAACAUGCCCCCUCAUCUUCCUCUGCGACCACUGUGGCAGCCUCUUCCUCCAGCUCUACGUCUGCUGUGACACUAGCUGGAGAAGAGGUGCCUCAUCAGGCAGAACUCAACACUGUUCCGAGCAGUGCAGCAGGGGAGAGUACUGCUGAGACCCGGGAGCAUGUAUCAGAUGGGCCUCCUCCAUCGAAUGACCAGCAGGGUGAAACAGCUCCGUUUAAGCUGGAGGCCACCGUGCCCAGUCGGUUGGCACUUGGGGCGCGCUGUGGUUACAGCCAACGCUGCUGGGGUUCACCAGUCCGUCAGAAGAAGAAACACACUGGCAUGGCGAGUAUUGAUAGCAGUGCUCCAGAGACGACCUCAGACAGUUCCCCCACGCUUAGCCGCAGACCGCUCCGGGGCGGCUGGGCAGCAACAUCUUGGGGGCGGGGCCAGGACAGUGACAGCAUCAGCAGUUCGUCAUCUGAUUCAUUGGGCUCUUCCUCCUCCAGUGGCUCUCGUAGGGCCGGGGGUGGAGCCAGGGCCAAGAGCAAUGACACCAGCAGGUACAAAGGACGACGCCCAGAGUGCCACGCCCCCCAUGUGCCCAACCAGCCAUCGGAGGCAGCAGCUCAUUUUUACUUUGAACUCGCCAAGACAGUUCUGAUCAAAGCUGGAGGAAACUCUUCCACUUCCAUUUUCACCCAACCCUCAGCCAGUGGUGGCCACCAGGGGCCCCAUAGGAACCUGCACCUGUGUGCCUUUGAGAUUGGCCUGUAUGCGCUUGGCCUCCACAACUUUGUCUCACCCAACUGGCUGUCCAGGACCUACUCCUCACAUGUGUCUUGGAUAACUGGCCAGGCCAUGGAGAUUGGUAGUGCUGCUCUCAAUAUUUUGGUGGAGUGCUGGGAUGGUCAUCUUACCCCUCCAGAGGUGGCAUCCCUAGCAGACCGAGCAUCGCGGGCCAGGGACCUCAACAUGGUUCGUGCAGCAGCGGAGCUGGCCCUAAGCUGCUUGCCACACGCUCAUGCCCUAAAUCCUAAUGAAAUACAGAGAGCCCUGGUGCAAUGCAAAGAGCAGGACAAUGUGAUGCUGGAGAAGGCCUGCAUGGCAGUAGAGGAAGCAGCCAAGGGUGGAGGUGUGUAUCCUGAGGUUCUGUUUGAGGUCGCUCACCAGUGGUACUGGCUGUAUGAGCAGUCAGUGGGUGGGGGCUCAGGUCAGCAGCGGGAGGCCUCUGGGCGCUGUGGGGCAAACGGGGGCUCGGGCAGAAGGCCCCUGGAAUCCAGCUGUGGUGUCCUUGACAGCGGGGCUAGCAUGGAGUCUCCGGGGGUGGCAACUGUCACAGCCUCAGUCACUGCAGCAGCCGUCGUACCCGUCAUCUCCGUGGGCUCCACCAUCUACCAGUCCCAUGCCAUGCCCGGGCAGGCUAUGGCUCACCCCCACAGCCAAGGCCUCCACCCCUACACCACCAUCCAGGCCCAUCUCCCCACGGUCUGCACUCCCCAGUACCUGGGACAUCCUCUGCAGCAUGUCCCCCGACCCACCGUCUUCCCUGUGUCUGGGGCUGCAUAUCCACAGUGCAGAACUGUCAGCACAAAUGAGUGUGUGUACACGUGUGUACCUCUCCAGGGAAUGCACCCAGCCUUCAUUGGGGCCCAGUUCCCUUUCUCAGUGGCCGCUGGCCCCCAGCCACCUAUGGCAGCCACAGCUGUGACUUUCCCUGGUGUCCCCGUACCGUCCAUGACUCAGAUCGCCGUCCACCCCUACCACGCUGAGACCGGCCUGCCCCUUAGCACCACUGUAGCAGUUGGCAGCCUCCACGCGGGCCCCACCAUACAGACCAUCCAGGGAGCAUCCUUACCCUCUCUCUCUUCUCAGCCAGGCUCAUUGGUCAGCCCUCCUUUCCCAACAGAGGACGAACAGCCAAUCAGCCAGCAGGGUCUGCACUACCUUCACUCUGCCUACAGAGUUGGUAUGCUAGCAUUGGAAAUGCUGGGCAGGAGGGCUCACAAUGAUCAUCCCAACAACUUCUCCAGGAGUCCACCUUAUACUGAGGAUGUCAAAUGGCUGCUGGGACUGGCUGCAAGACUAGGAGUCAACUACGUGUACCAGUUCUGUGUUGGAGCAGCAAAAGGUGUCCUCAGUCCAUUUGUCCUGCAGGAGAUCAUCAUGGAGGCUCUGCAGAGGCUGAACCCAGCCCACAUCCAUGCUCAUCUCCGAACACCUGCUUUCCAUCAGCUCGUCCAGCGCUGCCAACAGGCCUACCUGCAGUACAUCCACCACCGGCUCAUCCACCUGACACCUGCUGACUAUGAUGACUUUGUCAACAUCAUCCGCAGCGCUCGAGGUGCUUUCUGCCUGACCCCUGUGGGUAUGAUGCAGUUUAACGAUGUGCUGCAGAACCUGAAGAGAGGCAAGCAGACUAAGGAGCUGUGGCAGCGCAUUUCCCUGGAGAUGGCGACCUUCUCCCCUUAAGCAGCACACUGAGCAAGGGUGUGCUGGGCCUGGGCCUGAGCCAAGCUUGACAAGUCCCACCUAGCGCCCCCUCAGCCUCUAACACUGCUACUGCCGCUGCACUGAGCUGGCCACAUUCUGUCUGGUUCUGUCGGGGAUCCUGUUCCCUGAGAUGUGGACUCAGCAAACACAGCACACAGGCAGGACAAUCAGCUCCUGUAACCCUGACCCACAGGGACUUCCUUUUUUAUGGGUGUGUCCACCGAGAGGAGAAGCCAGGUCACCUCCUUGCUCUCCUGUGGUCUUGACUGACUCCUCACUCUUGUUUUAUCAUAGUUUAUGUUUGUUUAACCGUGGAAUUAAAGUGUACUCCUUCCUUUCUGCAGCUAAGUCAUCUUUUCCAUUUCCCCUACACUGAAGACAUUUGAAGGGGAUCUGUCACCCUCCAUCCUCACUUAAGUUCCACUGUUUCGUAGUUGAGUUUUGUUUUGAAUGAAACCACUGAGUGUGAGUCAAUUUCUUGCUGCAACAUUCCUGUCCAGAGUGGUAGAUGCUGUGAGGCCUCAUUCACUAAAUGUUUGUCACUAUGGAUCUGAAUCUUUGCAGAUUGGGAGAAAAGGAAGGUAACAGGGAAAAAAGGUUUAAUAUGAGAAAUUAUAUUGUCAGUACAGGUGAGGAUUUUUCUGUAUUUUGUUUAAUCUUUUUUGAUAUUUUGUAUAGAAUCUGAUAUGUAUGGAGAGAGGAAUGGGAAGAGACAGAAUAUUAAAGGUGGUUUUGUUGUGUGGGAUCCACAUUUGCAUUUCAGUGCGCCUGAGGAGCAAUGUGAACUCAGCUCCAGACCAAAACCUGAGGCCACGCAGGGCCACUGAGGGCCUUCUCCAUGGACACUCUUACUCUGUGUUAGAACAUCAUCAGUUGGGCUGAAUAUCGUUUGACUUUUUUUAUGAUUAUAUCAAAUUGUUGGAGGUCUUAAAGGCAACACAUCGAUGCUCCUGUCCUGUUAAGCUCUCCACAUGUAUCAGGAUCAAUCUUCAGAGAUUUCUUGAAAUCUUUACAAAUUUGUCCAAUUCUAUAAUGCUGAUUUAAAUUAUAUCAAAAGAAAAUUGGGAUUCACAUGAAGUGAAAGGAAGAGUUUACAUGACAUAGAUAGGAAGUAUUCAAUGCCACCAGUUUUUGAUAAUCAGUAAAAUUCCUAAAGUAAUAGGAUGCUAUACCUGACCCUUCUUUUCAGCAUUCAAGUGAUUGACAGGUUCAAACACAGACAGGAGUAGCUGGUGAAGAUGACAGUCCCACAUACUUCCCCAUCAAGUGUGGGGAAGCAGCAGUGCACUGAUUCUUACUGGAUUUUGAAGUUAAACAGACUUUGAUUUGCAAAACUAAGUUUUCCCCCAUUGGGAGUAGUAACAAACCCACUGAACCACACAACUAGGAUCCAUGAUUUUUCAGAGUGGUCUGGUUUUUACAAGGGAGAGCAUUUAGUUUGGCAUCUCACAGGGAAGCAUGUGGGGUUGUCCCACAGUGGAUAGACAGUGACUUUGUCUCAUUUUCAGCCAUCUCCUUCAAAGUUCACACUUCAAUAAUGUGUUCAUGUAUUAAAAAGGAGACACAGUGGUCUGGCUGUGGAAAGUCCUGCUUCACACAAUUCCACUCACCUGGAUCUGUGUGCUUAGCUUGUAGACCAUGGUGCUGUUACUUUCCAUCUUUGUCCAGGCACCUGCUGUGGUUCUGAACGUGCCUCUUUGAUCAGCUCUGGGCCUCACAGGUGAAGGUGACUUAGUAGAAAAUGUACUGUGAUAUUUUUGUAUUCCUAAAAAAGUGUAGCUUGAUUGAAAAGUUCUAUAUGUACUGAUUGCAAAAGGUUCUAAAUUAGUGUGAAAAGAAUAAAUAAAAAUAUUAAAGCAA